AUGGGCAUUCUCCUUUAUCUAAUCGACAUGGGAGACGGUAGAAUGGGAAACGAGGCAUCAUUCGUCACAGCCAAAGCCCUGAUUGGUAUCGGACGCGGAUUCUACCAAACCGCAUCCCAAGUGUCCGCGCAGGCCGUAGUGUCAAGACAAGAAAUCUCCGUCGUGACCGCUGUAUUGUUCGCCUCUAUGGGAGUAGGUGGGGCGAUUGGUACUAGUAUAUCGGGGGCAAUAUGGAGAAACAACCUACCUGCCAAGCUACAACAAUAUCUUCCCGAUGACCUAAAGCCUCAGGCGACGGCUAUCUUCCAGUCUAUAAUUACAGCUCAGAAAUAUGCGAAGGGGACGGCCGUCCGAGAGGCUAUUGAUCGCAGCUAUCGGGAAACUCAACGAUUUCUGGCUAUUGGUGGUUUGUGUGCUGUCUCGCCUAUGCUUAUUGUCAUGCUCUUUCUUAAAAAUGUGCAUCUUGAUAAGAGGGAUAAUGUCGUCGAGGAACCUGUGGAGAGGUCAGAUAAGAUAGAAGGGGAGUUGGGCUUUGUAAGGGGACGAUGA